GUUCGGUGCCCGAUGGGAAUCUGCAAUGCGCCUGCCACGUUUUAGAAGGCGAUGAACGUGACUUUUCAUAAUUUUGUCAAUAAGACACGGCUGACUCAGGGGAUGAUUAACUUCUGCGUCAUCGUGUACAUGGAUGACAUUCUGGUAUACUCGGACACGUUUCACGGACACACGCAGCACAUCCAAUGGACGUUGGGUGCGUUGAGAGACGCAGAUUUCAAGAUUGCGCUGGAAAAGAGCGAGUUCUUCCUCCCGAAAAUCUCGUUCUUGGGGUAUGUGGUGACACGAGGAGGCCUGCGGCCGGACUCUCAAAAAGUCGCAGCGGUCAAAGAGGCCCCGGUUCCGACCUCACUGACGCAGGUUCGAGCCUUCUUGGGCCUGGCCUCGUAUUACCGGCGGUUCAUCAAGGGGUUCGCGGCUAUAGCAAGGCCUCUGACAAACCUGAUGCGAAAGGAACAGCCCCUUCAUUGGGAUGACGAGUGCCACCAGGUCUUCGGGGCCCUGAAGGAUGCUCUCGUCACGGCCCCGAUUCUGAUUCGACCGGACCCCUCUCGGCAGUUUAUUCUCAUCACCGACUGGCAGCAGGAGGCUAUCUUGGCCAUUCUGGCAGAGAAGGGAAACAAUAGGAAGGAGCAUGUCAUUGAGUACGAUUCCCGGACGGUGCCAGACGAGCGACGAAACGAUUUCGCGCCACAAGGAGAAUGCUAUGCGGUAGUGUGGGGUAUCCAACACUUCCACCCGUAUUUGUACGGAAGAAAGUUUCUGCUCAUCACCGACCAUGAACCUCUGUUGGCUCUAAAAAAGCUAACCAACUACACGGGCAUGAUCGGACGAUGGGCAGUGCGGUUGCAAGAGUAUGAGUUUGACAUUGUUCAUCGAAAAACGGAGAGACACGGCAACGCCGACGGACUGACACGUUUGCACCGACCCGGCUGUCGGAGGCUUCUCACCCAGGAGCUUACGGUCCCAAUUGCGCAACUGGCCGACGAUCUUGACGUCAGCAUUGUCUCCCAAGUCGACCCGCGCUUGGUGCCCCACGUCACCUCGCGCACACUGUCGCCGUAUCUUCAGUGGUCAGCUUGUGUGGAGGGCUUCCCAUCGAGAAUUCCUCCUUCACGACUGGAUUAUUUGGAUCCGCGCGACAUCGUGGAUCCCGCUUUCUACAGACCGCCGUAUGAGGAUGAAUUGGAGGAGAUAAUCCGCGAGGAGCUCGCAAAAGAAAGUUCGGAGGAAGAGGAAGGGAGUUUGAACGAAGACGAAGGGGAGCCGGCACAACAGCGAGAAGGAGACGAAGAAGAGCUCCUGCAAACGGAGAGCGAGGAGGAAGCAGAAGAAGAAGACAGCGAGCAAGGGAGCGGUGACGACAACGACGAAGAGCACGCCGACGAGGAUCCCCAGCUAUGUGGCCCAGAUGGCUGGGCCGUCCGCUCGCCGGUCUCCUUCCCCACCGCGACGCCGACGACGAAGCAGCUCCCCCUCCGCCUCCCUCUCCCUCGCGACCCGUCCAACACUUCGAGCACGUCGCGAUGAGGCCGAUCGGUCUUCGUCCUCAGGCUCUCUCUCUCCGCCCCCAUGACUUCCUCACCCUGCACCAGCUCACCCGCCCCGCCG